AUGGCGGAUUACAAGGCCGCAGUUAAAAAUGGAGUAGGAUCAAAUCCAUGCACUGUGACAGAUGUAGAAGAAACAAAGCUGGUACUAAAAAUCCUUCCAAUUUGGCUGACAGUCGUCUUACCAAGUACGCUGUUUUCUCAAGCUGGUACACUCUUUGUGAAGCAGGCUAUGACUCUUGAUAGAAGUUUGGGCUCUAACUUCAAAAUCCCUGCAGCAAGUAUAGGUGCUUUUGUUCCCAUAGCAACGCUACUAUCCCUAGCAACCUAUGAUCGUUUCUUAGUCCCUAUCUGCAGAAGAUUCACAGGAAAUCCCCGAGGCAUAACUAUACUUCAGAGGAUGGGAAUCGGCAUGAUAAUCUAUACCAUUGCAAUGAUGGCAGCCAUGAUAAGAGAAAUUUAUAGGUUAAAGAUCAUUAAGAACCAUGGCCUUACUGAUAAUAGUAAGGCAAUUGUGCCUAGAAGCAUCUUCAUUCUACUUCCACAAUUUAUAAUAACAGGGGUGGCAGAAGCCUUUAUAGAAGUGCCGAAAUUGGAGUUCUUUUAUGAUCAAGCUCCUGAGAGUAUGGGAAGCUUGGGCACUGCUUUAUAUGCGACUGCCAUAGGAGUUGGGGCCUUCCUCAACGGUGUUCUCCUCACAAUUGUAAGCGACAUUACAGGGCGACAUGGCCAUAAAAGCUGGAUUUUAAAUAACCUGAAUGCAUCACGGCUAGAUUACUAUUACGUCUUCUUGGGUCUUCUUAAUUUUGUGAACUACUUGGUCUUCUUGAUUAUCUCUUCCAUGUAUACAUAUAAAGGAGAAACGAGUGAAGCUCUGGCCAAAAUAUCAUUCAAAAAGAAUGGAGAUGCCACUGAAACUGUUUUGAUUGCUCAAUCGGAGUUGGUCAAGUAA